AUGGGAAUGCUGGAAUCAGAUAUUGAGGGGCCAGAUACUCUAUUACCAUGGGGCUUUUGCUUUCGUACGCACCCAAAAGCAUCAUGCCUCUCUCUCUUACCAAAAGCUCCAGUUUCAGCUCAUUUUCCACCGCCAGAAAAACCACCCAGAAAAUUGUUCCAAUUCCAAGUGAGAUCAGUGGCCGCUCCGGCAGAAGCUGUUGCCGGGUUCGGUGACACGGUUCUGGGACUCAGAGAAAGUAUAUAUUACUUGUUAGGUGGGAAGUCACUUGCUGUAAAAUUCGCUAAUAUUGGGCAUCCCACUCCUUGA